AUGUCGGUAGCUGGCAGCACCUCUUGGACUUCGUUUAUCAAAUCAAUCGCUUCAUACAAUGGAGACCUCUCCUCGCUUACGGCACCUCCAUUUAUCUUAUCUCCGGUCUCUUUAACGGAAUAUAGCGAGUAUUGGAGUGAACACACCGAUUUGUUGCUGGCUCCAAACUUCAUUGACUCCAAACGUCCCGAUGCUGCCCUUCAAAGGCAAGUUGCUGUCACCAAAUGGUUUAUUUCAACAUUGAGAAGUCAAUACUGCUCAAGAAACGAGACAAUGGGGACUGAAAAGAAACCUUUAAAUCCAUUCCUGGGAGAGGUAUUUGUAGGUAAAUGGCCUGACAACACCAGAGAUAGCAGAUUGGGAGAAACAAUACUCUUAUCGGAGCAGGUGAGCCAUCAUCCUCCGGUUACUGCCUACUCAAUUAUCAACGACAAGAAUAAAACACUGUUACAAGGUUAUAACCGAAUCAAGGCUUCCAUGAGCCCAACUUCCCUAAGUGUGAAGCAAUUCGGCCAUGCCCUGAUUCAAUAUGACAAUUUAAAUGAACAAUACUUGGUAACACUACCUCCCCUACAUAUCGAAGGAAUCAUUGUUGCAAACCCUUUUGUUGAACUGGAAGGAAAAUCUUACAUUCAAUCGUCCAAUGGGUACAUUACUGUCAUCGAGUACUCAGGUAGGGGAUAUUUUUCCGGAAAAAAGAACACUUUCAAGGCCAGAAUCUACAAGGACUCUGCUAGUUCUAAGGUGAAAGAAAAUGCGAUAUACACAAUUUCCGGUCAAUGGUCCAACACCUCCUACAUAAGAGAAGGGUCUUCUACUCCUUCUUCAAAGGACAAAUUAUUUUUUGAUUCUACUAAGACUCCAUCCCAAAAGUUGCAAGUUAAACCUUUAGAAGAGCAACAUCCUUUAGAAUCUCGUAAAGCCUGGUCUAAGGUUGCAGAAGCUGUUAAAUCUGGUGACUACGAUCUCAUACACACUGAAAAGUCCAAGAUUGAAAACUACCAGAGAGAACUCCGAAAGGCAGAGCUUGAUGGAGGUCACAACUGGGGUACACGUUGGUUUAAAGAAAUUGACCUUGACAAUCCAUCUACUGUUGGUUCGGAAGAUCCAUUAGUAAAACUGGCUGAUUUGGCUAACUUGUCUACAAAGAAUGUUGUCAGUGGUUCAACUAGGAAUGACAAGGAUGAUAAACCUGCAGACUCCAAACACUGGAGAUUUGUUCGUGAAUUAUACGAUAAAGAGACAGAGAUUAAAAUAUAG